UUACCUUACUUAAGUAGAUAUUUUGGUUAUCUAUACUUUACUGGAGUAAUUAUUUUUUGGACCACUUUUUACUUCUACUCCUUACAUUUUCAUGUAAUUAUCUGUACUUUCUACUCCUUACAUUUUAAAAAUUGCCUCGUUACUUCAUUUCGACUUGUUUUUAUUCCGGCUAUCCAGAUAGAUUCCGCCAUCCGAAUAGAAUUAAUUUAAUUGUGGUUGGAUGAGAAGUCUCAACGUGACACCAUUCCUAUACCCCAUUGGUUUUAAAGCGAUGCAACGCGCUUGCGCAUUACACACCCGCACACCGGAGCAGAAUGUAGAAGUGUUAAUACAGUAAAUGGUGGAAGAGAAAAUGUCCGUGGCGGCAGACGAGGAGCUUUCCCAACCAAGCACCAGUGAGGAGGGUGCAGGCAAGGAAGACCAACCAACCCUUGUUCAUCCCUGGCCUUAUCUGGAGGAUUUUUUUGAUAUAACAGGAUGCAAAAACAACUCUUUUCGCAUGCAAUGCAAACUGUGCGCACCGAAGUACCACGAGCUAAUGGCUUUCAAAAACUCACCGUCAAAUUUAAAGAAGCAUAUUGAGAAGAAACACCCUACUCAUCUGGAGAGGUACAAGCAACUCACUUCAGCAUCCCUCAAAAGGAAGACAUCAGCUGAAGAUUCUUUGGCCCCACCCUCCAAACAAACCAAGCUGUGGGAGACUCGUAAAGUUUCCCAGGCAAGUGUGGACAAAUUAGUUCUCAAAUUCAUUGUCCAAGGCUUGCACCCACCGCACAUUGUUCAGCAACAGGGCUUCAUUGAUCUUGUGAAACAUCUUCAGCCAAAUACAAAUGUCAUGACACGCAAUACUGUUGUCAACAAAGUCACAAAUGCCGCUGUUGAAAUGAAAAGCAAACUGAAAGCGGCCCUUAGUGAAAUUGAGUUCAUAGCAACAACAACAGACUGCUGGACAGCACACUGUCGCAGUUUCAUUGGUGUCACAGCGCACUGGUUUAACUCCCAGACCAUGCAGAGAUUCUGUGCUGCCCUGGGAUGCAAGCAACUUAAAGGGUCACACACAUUUUCUGCACUGGCUAGUGCCCUAAAUGAAAUUCACACAGAAUUCAAUAUCAGAGACAAGAUCAUUCGCACUACAACUGACAAUGGAUCGAACUUCCUGAAAGCCUUCAGAGUUUAUGGGAAGACUGACAAGAACAACAAUCCUGAACCUGUAGGAGAGCGUGCUGAAGAAGAGGACGAUGGUGGCCAAAAUGAUGAUACUGAUGAAGAAGAAGAAAGCAUUGAGGGUGUUGAAUUUGUUGAUACUGGAGCCCUUUUGGACAAAGAUGACUACUUGGAAUAUCAACUACCCAAGCACCAUCGCUGCGCCUGCCACCUCCUCAAUCUGGUGUCCACAGUUGAUGCUUCAAAAGCAGAGGACAACCCAUUGUACAAGCGCAUAUCAAGGUCCACAUUUGCCAAAUGCUCUAGCCUGUGGAACAAAAGUUCAAGAACAACCAUCGCAUCUGAAGUGAUUAAAGACCACUGCACACUCCAACUGAUAAGGCCUGUUGCUACAAGGUGGAAUUCAUUCUUCUCCGCUGCGGAAAGAAUUGUGAGAAUAACAAGAGAACAAGGUGAAGGAGCACUUGCAGCUGUCUGCAGUAAGCUGGAUAUACAAAAGUUUACUCCAGUGGAACUUGCAUUUCUUGCAGAAUAUGUGAAGACAAUGAGUCCAGUGGCCAAGGCAGUGGAUGUUCUUCAGGGAGAAACCAGUGUGCAGAUGGGAUGGCUGCUCCCCACCAUAACUCUACUAAAGACCAAGCUCCAGAACCUUCAGGUCACCUCCAAGUUUUGUGAGCCUUUGAUUGCUGCACUUCUUUCUGGCAUUGAAAAACGCUUCGGAGAAAUGCUUGCAGAUCCAGAGCUGAUAGCCGCAGCCAUUCUGGUUCCCAAAUUUAAAACCUGCUGGACAAGUGAUGAAAACAUCUUGAAACUUGGCCUUGACUACAUAAAAAGCCACUUGAGCUGUCAGGAAAGGAAUCCUGUCUCUGAGGGCUCCCUGUCAUCUGAGGAAGAGGACUUCUUUUCCUCCUUAAAGAAGACUGGCCCCCUUGAAAAGACCCAGCAGCUGGAUGCAUACCUGGGGUGCCCAGGAGACAUGACAGAGGUGAUGAAGUCCUUCCCAGCUGUGUGCCACCUAUCACUGAAGCUUAAUACGGCACUCCCUGCCUCAGCAGCCUGUGAAAGACUGUUCAGUGUUGCAGGGCUGAUCUUCAGGCCAAGAAGAGCGUGCAUUGGCUCAGUAAACUUUGAGAACCAGCUACUUUUGCGGCUGAACAAAGACUAUUGGUAACUCUUUGUUGCUUGUCCUUUGCUUGACUGAUGUCAGUCUUUAUGUCAAAAGUGCCUGUUACAUCUCCUUAAAUUUGAAUUGUUGCGAUUACCUACAGAAAUGGGCAUGACCAGUUCAGUGUUGCAGGGCUGAUCUUCAGGCCAAGAAGAGCGUGCAUUGGCUCAGUAAACUUUGAGAACCAGCUACUUUUGUGGCUGAACAAAGACUAUUGGUAACUCUUUGUUGCUUGUCCUUUGCUUGACUGAUGUCAGUCUUUAUGUUAAAAGUGCCUGUUACAUCUCCUUAAAUUUGAAUCGUUGCGAUUACCUACAGAAAUUGGCAUGACCAGGAAUGUGGCACAAUAAAGGUUAAUUGAUAA